UUAACAUAUCUAUAUUUAAGAGAGAGACAGGCUUGUUUGCUUGCCAAACCGAGAUCUUAAAAGCAGAAGAAGGAAUCUUUGCGAUCAAACCUCAUCGUCUUAUAAGGCUUAAAAGUUGAUCCACUGUCAGUCGCAGUGCAAGCGAAGCCUUUGACAAACCAUAUAAUAAGCUCACUUAUAAGAAACUUGAAUUAUUUUUCCCAAACCAUGGAAAACCAGUCUGUAGCCAACUCCACUGAGUUUCUUGAGGAUCCAUCGUUGUCGUCUGAGGCACCCAUUGCUGCCAAUGGCAGCCUGUUCAAAGUGAUUGUGCAUGCGAUUUUGUUUGUAGUCGGCGUACCUGGUAACUGCCUCAUCCUUCGUGUGUACUGGACCAAGACCCACAAGACCAGCACCCACAUCUUCAUCAUGGCCUUAGCCUGGGCCGAUCUCGCCGUCUGCUCUCUGAGGUGGCGACGCAUUUCGGUAGAAUCCAUCCUGUUAGCUGGAGGCCAGAUCCCAAAGGUUCUUCACAUCAUCUGGACAUUGACGACGACGAGCGGCGGAGCAUCCGUUCUGUUCACCGCAGUUAUCGCAGCAGAUCGCUACGACUGUGUGUGCCGAGCGCACAACCGAUUCUUCACCAAGAGACGGGCCCAGGCAGCAGUCUGCAUGGCACUUUCGUUUUCGUUCGCCAUCAACAUUCCGGCGUUCAUUGCGAUGAUCACCGAUCCUUCCGAUGCGGUCCUGAGGAUGCUCGUGUUGGCAUUUCAGGUUCUCUGUUUUGGGACUGCAUUGGUCAUGAUCGCAGUGUGCUACGGACUGGUCUAUGUAACCAUUCGGAAGCACGUCAGAGUGGGUGUCCUUGCGAAAACCAUGCGGGGUCCAGCGGUGGCUGGUAUGCCCGACUUGAUGACAGCUCGCUCCGCUGUGUCAAAGACUUGUGACACCAACAUAAUACUUGUUCCUGUGACUACGCACACCGAUCCAUCACCUAACAUCAGUGCUACCGAUAAGACUACUGACGCACCCUCCUCGUCUCGGGGAAUUCCCGGCCCCUCCCUUGAUGCUGCCGGGGAGAAAUAUACACGCAAACUUCAGCCAGUAAGCGAAGAACGACCCCGCAAUCUCAAAGGGGUAAAUCUACAGCGUAAGACGACAAGGAUGCUCUUCAUCACUAGUGUGGUGUUCCUGCUGCUCUGGCUGCCCUAUUGGACGUCUGUUGUCCUGGAGUUUGCCUCCUUUGGACUCGAAACACCGAUCAACCCGACAUUUAUGAGAAUACUGGGAGAUUCGACCGCCCUUCUGUUCGUCAACAACGCCGUGAACCCAGUUAUCUACGGACUUGCAAACAAACGAUUCAGAAAAGACUGCUGGCAAGUCCUUCAAAAGAUCAAAUUGUGGUAAAAAAAACUCAAAUAAAGGCAUUUAGAUGAGAUCACAAAACAAUUGUAUAAAAACAAAAUGUUAAAUUUCAUCAACACCGUUGUCAUGUUCCAAACCACUUGUUUCACGGAACUACGCGUACGGGUAUGGGAUCUGAAAACUAUAGUGACGUCGCCCUUAUAUCAGCAUUUUGUGUUAUUAUUUAAUCUGGUACACAAUCGACAAUGUACACCUCACCUCAAAAUCCAAAUGUGUUGUGUAAAUUUUGUGAAAUUUUCACCCCAAAAUGGUGAUUUAAAGGCUACUUGUUUCGUGCGGAUACGUAUCCCGUUUGCGUGCAUUUUCUAAUGGUCCCUGUUUCUAGCCUCUGGCGCAAUUUAAUCCAUAUUACGACCAGCCUCGCCCUGUGCUUAAAAAUUCUCCUCAUAACUCUCCAACAGUGGCGUAUCCAGAGGGGGGAUGGCAGAGUGUGCACUCCGCGCCCCCCCCC